UUCUCUCUCUCUCUCUCUCUCUCUCUCUCUCUCUCUGCAUAUCCUCUGCCUCCAAAAUUUUAAAAUUCCCAGACAUUGUCUUUGUUGCAUUCGUAUCUUCGGUGAUUGUGAUGCAAGAAAUGGGAAGAUAAAUUAUGAGAGUUCUUACUCUUAAUUAUGUGCAAUAUGUAACUUUUCCAGCAGAUCGACUUCUCAAUUUUCAAUCUUGGUGAUGGAAUUAUGAAACCCAUCUUCCAGAUUUCGAUUUCUGGUGAUGGGCAUUGGUCGAUUCUCAGAGUGGUUUUGGUGUUUGGUGGAAUUCAAGUAUUUUAGGCUGACAAAAGAAUAGUCCCUUCUCCUUUUUGCGGGGAUACCGAAAUUUAUAUCUUUAUUGUUCUAACGAGCUUAGAUUAUGAUACUUUUAGAUUAAAUAUGCUAAGUACUCCGUGUUGAAGUACUCUGUUUUUCUCGGCAGAAAGAAGAAAUUAAACUUCGGUUUCUUGAUUUACGUUCCAUAUUUUUUCCCUAGAUUUGAUUUAGAUGUUCUUCCGAUUGUUGCUUUUAGCUUUACUAUAGCUAGAAAUAUUGAGGCACUACGUCUGUGUUUGUGAACAUUGGAUGGCUGCAGUGUUCAUUAUGAUAUGUUUGAUUCUGAAAAUUUCGGUUGAGUACCGGUGUUCAAGUAUUGUUUCCUCUGUCUUUCGAUGAUAUAUGUUUGAGAAAUAAAUGAAAUUCGUGUAUUAGUAUGUAACCGGUUACUUCUUUUUGGUGAAUCUGAUUCUGAAACAUGUUACUGUGUCAUUGGAACUGUUGGGUACUUACUGGUCGUUCGUUACCUUUCACCUUUGUGGGUUUUAUCCUCUGCUUGAGGAUUUGUGGUUGAGCAGAUUCUGAAUUGUCUAUAUGUCAAUUGCUAGUUCAUUGUGUACUAACAACUUUCUAAACAGCAACCGGAUGACUUUUAUUCAAAAUUUCAUUUGAUCCAGUCGACAUUCAGGUCCAUAUUUCAUUUCAGAAUAGCUGUUUUUGCUGUAUAGUUGCAGGGUUUCCUUGCUGGAUUAGAGGGUUGUACUAAUUUUCCUAGAUGUGAUUGUGAGCAUUGUUGUCUCAGUAAUAUAUUAUCUUGAAUCUUGUCAUGUGCUAAUAGGUUGUACGGUUUAACGUGCUUGCGUAUCAUUCUGAUCUGAGGCCCCUAACUUAGUUUCGGAUCAUAUCGUUCUUGUCAGGUAAAUUGUUUUGAACCCAGGGUGGUAAACGUUAGGAGGAAAAUGUCUGAUGAUGGUGGGCAGAUGAUGCUCCUGUAUGAUGACCCCUCAGAUCAUCAUCAUCACCAUCAUUCUUUAUCAUUAGAUGAAGCCAGCAGUGCGGAGGAAUCACCAGAUGGAACUACCCUCUCGGUAGAUACAGCUGAUGAUGCCAUUCCAUAUAUCGGGCAAAGAUUUCCUACACAUGAUGCUGCUUAUGAGUACUACAGUGGAUUUGCAAAGCGUUGUGGAUUCUCAAUACGUCGUCACAGGACAGAAGGUAAAGAUGGAGUUGGCAGAGGACUAACUAGACGGUACUUUGUUUGCCACCGAGCUGGUAAUACCCCCACCAAGCCUUUAAGUGAAGGAAAACCUCAGAGGAACAGAAAAUCUUCUCGUUGCGGUUGUCAAUCGUACUUAAGGAUCAGUAAAAUUACUGAAUUAGGUUUGACGGAAUGGCGUGUUACGGGUUUCGCAAAUCACCACAAUCAUGAACUCUUGGAACCGAAUCAAGUUCGUUUUCUUCCUGCAUAUAGGUCCAUAUCAGAUGCAGAUAAAAACCGGAUUUUGAUGUUUUCAAAGACAGGGAUUUCGGUUCAGCAGAUGAUGAGGCUUAUGGAGCUCGAGAAGUGUGUUGAGCCGGGCUUCUUACCGUUCACUGAAAAGGAUGUGAGGAAUUUGCUUCAGUCGUUCAGGAAACUUGAUCCUGAGGACGAGAGCAUAGAUUUACUAAGGAUGUGCCAGAGCAUCAAGGAGAAAGACCCGAACUUUAGAUUUGAGUUUACGUUAGAUGCAAAUGAUAAGCUAGAGAACAUUGCCUGGUCAUAUGCUUCUUCCGUUCAGUCAUACGAGAUCUUUGGAGAUGCUGUAGUAUUCGAUACGACACAUCGCCUAAGUGCAGUCGAGAUGCCACUUGGAAUAUGGGUCGGAAUCAAUAACUAUGGUAUGCCUUGCUUCUUCGGGUGUGUGCUUCUACGAGAAGAAAAUUUGAGAUCGUGGUCAUGGGCACUGAAGGCGUUUGUUAGGUUCAUGAACGGGAAGGCGCCUCAAACAAUGUUAACGGAUCAUAAUAUGUGUAUCAAGGAAGCCGUGGCUGCAGAGAUGCCGUCGACUAAACACGCGCUUUGCAUAUGGAUGAUCGUUGGAAAGUUUCCGUCUUGGUUUAAUGCUGUUCUUGGAGAACGCUACAACGAUUGGAAAGCUGAGUUCUUUCGGCUAUACAAUCUGGAAACGGUCGAGGAUUUCGAGUUGGGAUGGAGGGAUAUGGUGGAUUCUUUCGGGCUGCACACAAACAGGCAUAUAAACAACCUGUUUGCCUCGCGUCCUUUGUGGGCUUUACCCUACUUGAGAAGCCAUUUUCUAGCUGGGAUGACGUUGUCUGGACGAUCAAAGGCGAUUAAUGCUUUCAUUCAGAGGUUCCUUAGCGCACAAACCCGGCUUGCACACUUUGUGGAACAAGUUGCUGUUGCGGUGGAUUUCAAAGAUCAAGCGGCGGAACAACAAACGAUGCAGCAGAAUCUCCAAAACAUCAGCCUCAAAACCGGGGCUCCAAUGGAAUCUCAUGCAGCCUCGGUUCUCACGCCUUUCGCCUUCUCCAAGCUCCAAGAACAACUCGUUCUGGCGGCCCAUUACGCGUCAUUCCAGAUGGAAGAUGGGUGUUAUCUCGUGAGACACCACACUAAACUCGAUGGUGGCCGGAAAGUCUACUGGGUCCCGCAGGAAGGCAUCGUAAGUUGCAGCUGCCAACACUUCGAGUUCUCGGGGAUUCUCUGCCGCCAUGCCCUUCGGGUUCUGUCGACGGGGAACUGUUUCCAGAUCCCGGACAGGUAUCUUCCCCUCCGUUGGCGCAGGAUAAGCGCGGGUUUCGGCAAGACAUUCCGUCACAACAAUCAGGAUGAUCAAGUGGGAAGAGUCCAGUUUCUGCAGAAUCUGGUUUCGACACUGGUUUCAGAGUCAUCCAAAUCGAAAGAGAGAUUAGAGAUUGCGACUGAGCAGAUAUCUGUCCUGUUGUCACGCAUUAGAGAGCAACCCAUCUCUUCGCAUGUUCUUCGUGACAUUUGCUCUGAUGUCCAGAGGAAUUUUUGAUACGGGAAAGUCCCUCUCUGGUAAUUGUCUUUUGUUGCGUGUGACACAAGCAAUCAUGCCAAAGUCCUGUAGGGUUUUAGGCUAGAGGAGGCGAGAGAGUUCCUUCACGUUGCAAGUAAUGAGAUUCUUUGGUUGCUUGCGAUAUAAGCAAGUACAACUA